AUGGGAGUGAAGCCAUUGAUUCUGAAAUCAUGGACAGAGGACUUUGAUUUGUACAAUGAAGUUUUUAAAACUAUUCCAUUAUGGGUAAGUUUCCCUAACUUGCCUUUGAACUGUUGGGGACGAUUGACAUUGAGUAGAAUUGCUAGUGGACUAGGAACACCUUUGUAUGCUGAUGAGUGUACAGGUAAUGCUUCUAGAAUUUCCUAUUCUCGAGUGCUUAUAGAGAUGGAUAUCAGCAAGAAGUUACCUAAGUGUAUCAAAAUUCAAGAUCCUUCAGGCAAAGAGUUUGAGCAAAUGGUGGAGUAUGAUUGGGUUCCUCAGUAUUGUAGGAAGUGUUUGAUUGUGGGUCAUGAUUGUGAAAGAGAUCAAGACAGAGCUGAAACAACAAAAAGAAGUGUUCAAAAUGAGCAACAUCAGAAUAAACAGCAAGGAAUUAGUACCAAUAUAAUUGAAAAUAUUCAGCAAACAAGGAAACCAACAACUCAAUGGGUGGCAAUAGGUCCAUCAAAGCAAGUAGAGAGGGACACGGGCAAACAGAUUGAUCAAGGAGAUGAAACACAGAAUCCAAAAGAAGAUCAACAAGUAUGGAUAAAAGCAAAGGGCAGGGUGGGACUGACAAGUCCUAUACAACAAGUUAUAAGGACUACAAAUGGCUUUUCUCCAUUGAGAGAAGUAACAAUUGAAGUCAAAACAUGCUGGGAAGAUGAUAAUAAAGCUGAAUGUAGUAGGGGAAAAGGUGAAGAGAUAAUUCCAACUAAACAGAAACCUAUAUGA